GAUUACCGACCGAAAUAAGUUGUUAAAAAAAGACGCCAAAUAAUAAAAUAAGUAAAAUAUGCCCUCUAAUGAAAUGCUUUUGUCGAUUGUUUUCGAUUGUAAAGGCCUAUUUGUCUGAUUAUACACAGAUGAAAGCAAUAUGAGGCAAGCAUAAUAAAGAACAGGACAAAGUGACCCAGACUGCGGGUGUGUUUGAAUUCUCCACUCUGACAGCGCUGUGAAAACAAGAGCUCAGCAACUCUUAAUUAAAAGGGGCAAGCUGCACUUUUAUUUGCUUUUGUGCGGCUUUUGUGCCGCGCUUUCAUCGCACUGUACGGAGACGGGCGGCAGAUGCUUCCCAAAUCCCGUCGUUCAAACACGCAUCACAGCGACCCAUUCGUGGAAAAAUCAGGACGGCAGGAGCUCUGUGAUUGUCCUUCUAUUGUACCGAAAAUACAAACACACACACACGAACGCUGUAUGAGAGGGAUGAGCUGAGUCUUAGUGUCUUUUGUAUUCCGUGCAAUAUGGUGGAAAGUGGUUUUUAAUCCACAACACGCGUCUUUGUGCCGCAGCUUGUUCGUUGCAUUAGUCUGAAAUCAAUCAAUCUUGUUCCUGUCCUGUUCCAUUAUGUGGACACAACCGUUGAGACAAUCCUUAAUUUGGUUACAAAACAAACAUUCCCAACAUGUGAAGCAAAUGUGACAGAAUAACCUGAUGACUUAAAACUGUCCUGUUCCAUGGUAUGCGCGCUAGGCUUUUGAAAUGAUUGAGACAAAAAUGUUGACAGUCCUGAGUCGUUUCAACAACAAAGAUUCCCAACACAGUUUCAAAAUCAAAAGUAAUAAACUCCCGAAUUCAAUCUUGUGUAUCCUGUCCUGUCCAAUUGUGUAACAUGGGCAAAACAUUGAGUGACAGUCCUGUAUCAUUUCACAUUUAACAAAUACAAGCAGAUAACCUGACUACUGAAAUGUUUUCUACCCUAUCCUGUGCUACUCCUUAAUAUGGAGACUGUCCUGAGCUGUUUUUCUGUUCUUUAGUUGAUAUCUGGUUUUGUCUCAUGUAUGUCUUCUGGUUUCUUCUGGUUCAUAUCUUGCACGGCUUGUCGGCCUGGCCCCUUGCGGCUUCUAAUCAGCUCCCUCAGCCACUUGGGUCUUGCCCAGGUGUGCCUCGUUGUUUUUAUCACCCUCCAUCUUUUACGGUUCUUCGUUUGUGGUUCUGCUGAAGUCCAGUGUUCUGUAGUGGCAUGAGGUUUUUGUGUCUUUGUUACUUUGAUCUCAUUUUGUUAGACUUUGGUAAUUUUAGCAUUUAGAUUUUUUCCCCCCAAGUUUUAAUUUUGUACGCUUUUUUUUUUUUGUUGGCUUGUCUUUUUGGUUUGAGACCAUCCUGUACUCCUGUUUCCCUGCACUUGGCUCCUCAACCCUGGACAAAAGCAUUGAGACGCAGUCCUGCAGGUGGACUAACCACGUGUCCCAAUAUUUCUGUCCAUAUACUUCCAAAGAAGGCACAGGGAAGUAAAAAUGGUUCCACUACCUCCAAGUGGAAUGAAGCCCAAUAAAGUUCCUACGCCACAGCAACAUGUGAACCUCAAGAGUGCAGUCAUGGAGUAACAGUGCAAACUUGUUUUCAAAAUGUCCCUUUCUUGAAAACUGGAACUUUCCUUCAUUGUGUCACGUCUCGAGUGUGUCCUUGGAUCCUUCCAGACACUUCCAAGCAUGUUGUGUGAGCGCACCGAGUAAUCCUCUUACAGCACAAAAGCAGCUAAGAGGUUUACGUCAGGCUUCCUCUCGCCCUGAAUCGAGGCACCGACACAGGUUUGUUCGGUCGAGCCGCGGUUCUGACAGUUGUGGCGGCCACACCAGCUGCCGCUGUUCCAGAAUAAAGACAUGGUGGUAAAAGGAUUGCCUGAGAGGCCAGUGGCGAACGUGAUGAUGAACGAGGGGAAGGUGAACGACCUCAUCCAGCGAUGGAGAGACACUCCCGAGGAGGAGCUGACACCAGAGGACCGGGAGCAUUUCAUGGACUUGGCAUGUUCGUGUCUCGCUCAGGGAGAGAGCGAGCGCUUGCUCAUGUUCCUUCAAGACGACAAAAAUCGGAGGAUGGUCCACUCCAUGGGCUGCGUCCUCUUGGCUCCUCUCAUGAAGGAAGCUUUGAAGAACGAGAAGAGUUGGGACCGCAUCCAGUCGGCUAUCACACACGUGACCACGACCUGCGGGCCAGAUGAAGUCCUGAGAAACUUGCUGGACGUCAUGGAAGACACUGAUGCGCCUUCUAUUUCCGAGACCCUCGUGCAAGUGGUCCCUCAUCUUGAAGCAGGCCUGCUGAGGUUGACGAAGGGUCGGGCGUCCUGGCUGGGCUCGGCGCUGAGGGUCCUGCACAAGCAGCUCACUCGGCUGCCGGUGCCGUACACCGAAGAGAUGGAAAAGGAGGACCAGUGGGGCCUGGGCCGCUGUUGCCAUGCCUUGACCACCUUCACUCAGGCCUUCUCGGGCGAGGUGAGGAACCACGAAGAUGGAGAACGCCGGGAGAUGAAGACGGAGCUGCUCAACUUCUGCAUGAGAAGUCUCAGAGAACCUUUACUGGAGGCUCCGCUGACUCCCGGGACGACGACGGCCAUGUGGCUGUUUGCGUCCAACAUCACGGCCACUUUAGUCGCCAUCCAAGAGUCAGCGGCCGACCUCCUGUUCUUCAGUACAAUGAAGAAGAACAUCCAGAUGGACAAAAAUCAGCUGGCCGAGUCCAAAGGCUGCCUGGCGUAUCUGGUGUUUGUCAAGCAGCUGGAUGCAGAACGCUUCCCCAUCGUGUUCAGCCCUGAAUUUGUCCUUCGGCGCAACCUGGAAUACAUCCACCAGCUGCUCAGGAGCAAAAAGGAGUCACACGUACUCAAAGGACUGGCGCUGUUUGAAAAAAGUCUGGAGAGAGCGCAGGACAACAGCUUGCUCGUCACACUGCUGGAAGUGAAGAGUUUUUACGAUGUAAAGCAGAGUCUGCUGCAGGUUCUGACUGAAUGCCCCAUGCGACAUCUGAGAGAAAGUGGACUCACCGUCCUCCAGCUCCUCAUCAAUAAACUCGACGCUGAAGCAAAGCACAAGCUCUUUGGAAACCUGCUCAAAACCAGCAAGCAUCCGGGAGUGGAAGGUUAUAUUGUGAAGAACAUCAGAAAUCAAGUCGAGUUCUCCAUGAAGCCGGGCAACGCCACGAGAUGGUUCCUGGGGACGGAAUUUGUGUCACUCCUGCGCUUGGCGUUUAGUUUGCCUCAGGGUACGGAAACAAACGUGCUCCACGAUAUGGACAAGAUCAUGGAGAGCCUGAACCUCCUGCGCUACCUUCUCAUCCGGGACAAACCAUUGAGGAGCAAUGCGGACGUGUGGGAAGGAGUGUGCGGCAUCAAGGAGGAGUAUACCAAAAUGCUGCGUGUGUGCAUCAGCAUGUCAAGAUUUUUUUACACGGGCGAGCUGAACGAGCUGAGAGAUGAGCACAAACUCAAAGCCAGAGCGGCCAGAGCGUCAACCUGCACCCGCACACACCUUCAAAGUCAGCCAGUCAAGCGAGACACGAUGUCGAAAAUGUCCCCGGAGGUGCGGCACCAGGUUCUGCAGAGCGCUCUCGUGACCUUUGACCUGAUGGAGAGCCUCAUUGCGCGCACGGAGGAGAUUGCUGCGGAAAAGAACCACGACCGGCUCGACGCCAGCGCUUUAUUUUGUUUGAAUGAACAAAAAAAGCGUCAAAUGUUUUGACACACAUUGGUGAUUAGCUGAGCU